AUGAUUGGCUUCUUGAACCGUUUAUUCAGCAGCGACUCAUCUACCCCUCAAUCUCAGACAACAAAUGAGGCACAAAUAUUAGCUCACGAUAGGAGUGUACUCCCCGUUUCGAACGACAAUGAACCCAGCAGUGUAUUAUCACUAGGCGGAACCGACAGUCAUCCAACUGAAUUGGACGGGCAAGCCGACGUUGAUUCUGUGGACGAGCCUCCCCCGGUUCUGGCCCCGCAGCCAUCCCUCAGACCUUCCCAACUCCCAGCCACACCUCCGUCCUUCUCGGGUGACGAUGGUGGCUUGCAUAAUGACAGUACGAAUUCUACAAUCGAGACUAUUCGAAGUCUAGAGACUCAACUUGAGCAAGCAAAGAGAUAUCAUAGAUCUGCCCAGAAAGACUUGGAGCAAAAGAAUCGGAGGAUAGCAGAGCUGGAGGGAGAAGCUCAAGUAGCCCAUGACCAUCAGGUUCAAGCCAUUGAGAAUGAUAGAUCAGCUGAAGUAGGAAAAUGGGAAAGGAAAUAUAGCAUGCUGAGAGAGGUUUUGGGAAGAUCUGAAGAGGAGAAGAAAAGAUUGAAAGAGGUACUUCGCGAGUUGGAAGCCAACGAAGACAAACUAUAUAGAGAGUUGCGGAGGGCAAGAGGAGAUCUUGACGGGCAGAGGGAAAGGGAGAGAGUCAUAGAAACUCGUCCAGGGAUGGCCAAGAAUGACAUUGCGAGACAAGGGAAUGCGGCCCUGGGGUUGAUCAACCAUCAACACAGAGAUUUAGAGAGAGAGAGUAACAUAACCACUGUUCCAGAUCCACAAACUACGGAACGGCAGCUCAGAAGUCAUGAUGAGAGGCAGCACAGAAGAGGCGGUGCUAAUGAAUAUAGGCUGGCGACUAUAACAGACCAUCGAGGAGACUUUAGCCGGCGUCACUUCAUAACCCGUCCAACAACGCGAAAAAGGACGUUUUUGUUCGGCGGGUAG